AUGAAGGUUAUUCUCCCGUUGACAGUGUUUUUAUGUCACUUAACGGACGCAUCCGAGAUGACAGAUUUCCGAAUGCGACGAGCAUUUCACAGUGAGUUCUCGUGAAGCUCCUCUUCGAUUCCAUUCGAUAUUUCAGAUGAGAUUUGCCGUGAACGACCGUAUAUAACCACCUGUAAUCGUCCGUUCACUAUCAGAGAUUAUCGAGAGGAGUUGGAGAAGCAGAGGGGAAAUUCGGGGGAGGAUCCGGACACGCAGGGUUUCAAGGUAAGCAGAUGACGAGGAGGGGGGCUUAGUGAGCCUGCUCGCAUGAUUAGAUUCAGUCUUAUCAACGUGACGAAUAACAUCGCAAGUUUUAGCCAAAAUGAUUGUAAUCGAAUAGCAUCUCAGUACCCUUCGUUCAAAACUAUAUAUCUCAGCUGCCUGCAGAGAUAUCAAAAAUUGGUCAACUGAGAAAAUGUACACAAUGUUUUAAUAAACAAUUUUCUAGUUGACAACAUUUUGAAAUCUCCACCGGCAACGAAGAUACAUCGUCUUGAAUAAACGAUGCACACCGAGUCUUAAAAGUCUUUUGUUCAGGCGAGUCGCCGUGCUGAUUGGGUGGAUGAUGAGAUCGACGAAAAAGACCUGGAGUACUACAUUUGGAGGAAAAAGAGACGUCAGUGGCUCCGCAGAAAAGCUGCUCUGUGAGUGAUUUCUGCAGUUUUCAGCCCACUAGACAGUCCGUUGCAAAAGUAUAGGGCCACCCCUGAAAAUCACCGGCACGUCUUCCCCAGGUAGUAUCAUGCCUCCGCACCUUGAAAAUCGGAAUCAGCAUGAAAAGUUACCUCUGGAAAACAAUUUUGGGGCCAGUACAGUGGGUGCUGAGGCCAUGGUGCUGGAAAAUCUGAAAAAGUGGCUUCUGCAGGCGUUUCAUAAGUAUAGGGCCACCCCUGAAAACACUCUGGAAGCCUCUUAAGCUGAUAAACAUGAUCUUGAAUGGGGUUCUUUGCACCUUUAGGAUGUCCAAAAAGCUUUUUUGAAAUCAUGUGCAAUGACCCCGACGCCACCUAGGGCCACUCUCCCGGGUUUAGCCUAAUGUUCUGUGUGGAGCUCGGGAGUGGAGCCGGGGGACUCCGAUGAUCUCAAAUGAGUCAAAUCUUGUUUGAAACAAGUUUUUUGAGCAUUUUCAAGUCAGAUUCGUUCAGGCCUCUCGAUUCGCUAGCACGUGAUAUCAGAUUUUUGACCAAAAUGAAGCCAGGCCCAACAAGGAUCAGACUGGCUUGAGCGUCAAACUCCAGGCUGACAUUGCACACUUAUGGAACUUCAUAAGGAAGGUUUCAAGCAUGGCAUGUUUGAGUUUGGUGUCAAUCGGAUCAGUUUCAACCGAUUUAUGAGCUCCCGAUUGUUGAAGUGAAGAAAACCAACAUUUUUCAGUACAUUUCUGUUGAUUUUCUUCACUUCAACAAUCGGGAGCUCAUAACUCGGUUGAAACUGAUCCGAUUGACACCAAACUCAAACAUGUCAUGUUUCAAACCUUCCUUAUGAAGUCCUAAAAGUGUGCAAUGUCAGCCUGGAGUUUGACGCUCAAGCCAGUCUGAUCCUUGUUGGGCCUGGCUUCAUUUUGGCCAAAAAUCUGAUAUCACGUGCUAGAUAUUCGACAUGCCUCAACAAAAUUGACUUGAAAAUGCUCAAAAAACUUGUUUCAAACAAGAUUUGUCUCAUUUGAGAUCCUCGGAGUCCCCCGGCUCCACUCCCGAGCUCCACACAGAGCAUUUGGCUAAACCUGGGAGAGUGGCCCUAGGUGGCGUCGGGGUCAUUGCACAUGAUUUCAAAAAGGCUUUUUGGACAUCCUAAAGGUGCAAAGAACCCCAUUCAAGAUCAUGUUUAUCAGUUUAAGAGGCUUCCAGAGUGUUUUCAGGGGUGGCCCUAUACUUAUGAAACGCCUGCAGAAGCCACUUUUUCAGAUUUUCCAGCACCAUGGCCUCAGCACCCAAUGUACUUGCCCCAAAAUUGUUUUCCAGAGGUAACUUUUCAUGCUGAUUCCGAUUUUCAAGGUGCGGAGGCAUGAUACUAUCUGGGGAAGACGUGCCGGUGAUUUUCAGGGGUGGCCCUAUACUUUUGCAACGGACUGUAGAAGCUCUCAUUUUUAAGGCUGAAUGCGAGAUUCCGUGCCGAAAACGAAGGGUACAUGGACAGAGACACGGACAGAAACGGAGACAUUGACUACCAUUAUCACUACCACGAAGCGCCGAGAUACGGUGGUUACGGAAGGUACGGAGGAUACGGCUACGGUUAUCCGAGAUAUUCAUAUUAUCCGUCCUACGGAGGCUACGGAGGAUAUGGAGGAGGAUACGGUGGAUACGGCGGCGGAUACGGUAGGACCGGAGUUUUCUCUGCGAAUUCAGAAGAUUCUGUUCAGGAUACGGAGGCGGUCUUCUUGGAAAUAUUCUCAACAUCGGAGGGGGAAGUGGUCUCGGAAUAUCCACUCCGAUCGGAGGCGUCGGCAUUUCCAGCGGAUGGGGAAUCGGAAUCGGGUGA